AUGGAGUCCCAAACAAGUCUUUCGCCGAUGACACCUGUCCCACCAUUCCAAGCGUCGCCCUCGGGGACCCGCAAGCGCUCGAUCCAUGAGGUUGAUAGUGAUAACUUACCACCGCCAAAUGGGAAGUCGUUGGGAACGGAAAAUACCGGUGAAAACCAAGAGAACCGCGAUCCUUCUCUUCCCCCGCCUGUGGAUGAUGUGGGCUCCACAUCUCUCUCUUCGAAGCCUACGAUGACACCCCGUCACUCGGUUGAAGUUGUGGUGAGAAGCUCUCCAAGGCUCUGGGAGAAUCACAAGAAUGGUGAUGGCGAACUAACCUCUCCGUCAAUUAAGGCUUCAAACCCUGAACCUGAUACUCCGGCCUCGAAGAAGCGCAAAGUCGCAUCGGGCAGCAGAGAUGCCAAGCAACAAGAAAAGGAGGCCAAAGAGCGCCAGAGGGCAGAGGAGAAGACAAGAAAGGAAGAGGAGAGAUUGAAGAAAGAAGAGGAGAAGGCAAAGCGCGAGGAAGAGAAGCGCUUGAAGGCGGAAGAAAAGGCAGAGGAGAAGAAGAAGCGUGAAAUGGAACGCGAAGAAGAAAAGCGGAAGAAGGAAGCCCAGCGAGACGAGAAGAAGAAAGCAAAGGAAGACGAGAAGGCCGCCAAAGAAGAGGAGAAGCGCAAGAAGGACGAGGAGAAGGAAAAGAAGUCUCGCUCGCAAACCAAGCUCAAUUUCUUCACCAAGCCCACCUUUCCUUCCGCUUCUGAUGCACAAGCGGCCGCGGUACCUUCCUCCCCUAUAAAGUCAUCUAUAGUGGAGGCCCCGAAGACUUCCCCCGGUGGCUCCAAGUCGGAUUACGAGCGAGAGUUCCCCCCCUUCUUCCUCAAGUCACAUACUCUUGUGGCACCUGCCCAUCGCUUUGAGCGUGAUCCUCAAGCACUCGCACACGUUCGUCAAAUCAUCGAUUCAUCAAUGAGUAAAGACCCCGCAGACGAGGUUCUCCCAUUCCGGCCAUCGGAGCUGUUCCAAUUUAUUCCCUUCCACCGUUCGCGGGGCGAGUCAACACCGAUGGUCAGGGACAUCGUCGCGCAACUACAAAAAACCGUGGAUCCCGUGCAGCCAAGUGAGGAUCUGAGCACCGAUCCAACUUCGCGGCCCCAGGACUUGUUGCGCAAAGUGAAAAUGAAGUCCUUGAAAUUCGGUGAAGAUAUCCGCCCUCCCUACCAAGGAACGUUUUCCCGUCAUGUGUCCGCGUCAACUGCGAAGAAGAUUUCACGAAACCCCUACAGCCGGGCGUUGCCAGAAACCAAUUAUGACUAUGACUCCGAAGCGGAAUGGGAAGAGCCCGAGGAGGGCGAGGAGCUGGACUCUGAAGAGGAAGACGAGGGCAGUGACGACGGCGAAGAUGAUCUGGAUGGCUUCUUAGAUGACGAGGAUGACGCUCUUGCCGGGAGCAAACGGCGCCCCAUUGUUGGUGACCUCGAGCCUGUCACGACUGGCAUCCGCUGGGCUGCCGACGGAGUGGCCCCCGAAACCCAAAUCUACCAGAUCCAAACCAUUUCCGAUACGGUCCAGUUCCCUAUUGAUCCUUUUUCCACCGCCUACUGGGAGAAGCCCAAGUCGUCCGAUCAGCUCUCGAAACCACGAGGUCCGCCGGGCUCCGUGUUUAUUAUCCCUGCCCUGCCUGGCGCGCCCCCCGGCUCCGGUCCUCUACUCCCCUACAAAGCCAAGCGACCAUUCCCACCGGAGCAACUGUCGGAGUUUAAAGAAGCGGUGGAGGGUAGUGAUCUCAGCAAGAUCGGGUUGGUGGAGAUCUUGAAGAAACGAUUCCCCAAGGUGUCGAAGGAAACCCUCAAAGCGACACUUGAUCAAGUUGCUGUUCGUGUAGGCCAGAAGGAAGUUGAUAAGAAAUGGGUCUGUCGGUGA